GGCUGAAGCUGGAUCCCAAAUAAAUAUCUGAGGAAGGAGUGAGCAGAACAGCACUGAGGAGACCAUUCAGAUGAGUCAUGGAUGUUCUCCAACCUUUCCUUCUAUUCCUGUGUGUGUUUCAUCUGACUUUGAGUGCAGCACUAAGCACACACAUCGAUCACAGAAACCUGUUUACACAGCGAGUGUGCUGCAAGAGGCAGAGUCACUUUGUGCACAUUGGGCAAGACAUUUCAGGGAGUCCUGUCAGCAUAGAUGUGGGAAUGUGCAGGUCACACUGCGGGAUGACCGCAAGAUUAUCGCAAGAAACAAGACGGCAGGAAUACUCAAAGCAUUCCUCAAUGCUGGAAUUCCUGAGGAGCAAGAAGACAAGGACGCACGGCCCGGCUGCACCAGAGAUCUCAGAGCACCUGAACCGGCUCCCUUCCUGCGGGGUGAACCAGGUUUGCGAGCCGACGGGGAUGCGAGUGGAGCGGGUGCUGCUGUUGGAGGGGCCCCGGGAGGUGGAGGUUAUCGAGGAGUGCCACUGUGAGAUAAAGCUGAGCCAAUGUAUCCGAGUCCCGGCUCUGAGGACCUACUACUUCGAAACACCAUACGAGACGGUUCUAGACGUGGGAGGAUGUUCCCGCUCUAAAGGAGCCCCAGAGGGUUUCUCCUGCGUCCCCACCAAGUUUGACUCAGCAUUGCUGGAAACUCCGAACAAAGUGGACGUGAUCCAGACUGUUUCGGCCUGUGAGCUGAAGGAAAGCUGCUACAGGAUCCCCUAUGUGGAGUAUUACUAUGAAACAGUCCAACAUGGAGAUGGAGUCAAGGAAGAGAAGCUCAAAGAAAUAGAUGUGGGAAGAUGUUUGGGAGGCUGCACAGCAGGAAAGCGAUGCCUUCUCAGGAGUCCAUCUGAUCUGGAAAACUGUUACUUGUGGUCAAAAAGACAGUCCAGCUCCUGUGUUCCUCAGGGAUAUGAAAGCCACAGCUUCAUCAACCAGCAUGGGCAGAUUCGCACCAUCCUCUCCAUCACCUCCUGCCUCUGUCAAAACUGAACACAGCGCCCUCUGCUGGAAAGCAACUUCCUUAGUUUCCAGUGACUUUUGAAGACUGACCAACCUCAUGUUGUUUGUUUUAUAUGUAAUAUAUGUAUAAGUGAUAAUUUUGUAAAUAAAAGUAAAAAACAAACAAGA